AUGCACGUCCUGUUGUUGAACACGCAACUUCGACAUCUCCGUCUGGGCAUUUUACUUUGCGUGGUGUUCGGGCUGGCGUUGGAAUGCAGCCCCUCCUCCGAGUUUUGCAGAUGCCAAGAAUCCUGCUCAAGCACGGGCUUACUUCCGCGGGGAGCCCUGCCAGACUGCAGCGAUCCGCUCGAAGGAGAUGCUGCACUCAAGAUUCUGAGAAAUGCGACUCGGAGUGACAAGCUGGCCAACAUGGAAGACAGUUCCGUUCAGGCGGCCUGUGGACAGCUGAAUUGCCUGCUUGGGUGCCUGCAGCAUUGCCUUUUGCGGUUGGAUGCCCUGGCUGGCUGGUGCAGAGAUGCAGACUUCGUACGGGAGACUUGCGGCAUGGAUUGUCAAGCGCUCGAGCCGCUCACCGAGCCCAGCCGGGAGCGACGCGAGCUGGCUCUCUGCCUGGUCGGCCAGCUCCGGGGAGUUUGCAAGGCCGAAGACUUCUUCUCUCUCUUCCAUGUGAUGCUUGCGGACUUCGAGAGCGUCGACGCAUUUCUAGUAUUUCCCGAUUCUUCCUGUUUGGAAGACCGGGCUAUUUUUCAAGCUGCUGCAGACAAGUGGCACAGCAACUUGAGAAUUUUUACUCGGUGUCAGCCGGAUAGCUUGGACGAUCCUGCGGAGAGUCAGCUGAUGGAAUGGUUCGCAGGUAACCACUGGUGGGUGCAUCAUUGGUACAACGUGUCCCGAUGGCGAAACAACAUCUUAUCCUUGAAGCAUGUGCACUACUGCGGACAAGAGGUUGCAAAGCGCUUUGAACAAACUUCGUACCGCUUCGUAGCGCGAGUCCGCCCGGAUGCGGAAUGGUUCAGUUUUGUGACCAGACUGGAAUUGGAGUCUCUUGUGCCCGGCCACAUCCUCACGAACUUCGUGGCCAUGCCGAUACAGGGCAUCACUGAAGAUUCUUUUGCAAUAGGCGCGCCCAAAGACAUGGCGGCCUACUUUAGCUUGUAUGCUGACACGCUACUCGACGUCGACCGCUUGGAGACCACGGAGGUGCCGUGGUGCAAUGCUCACGCGACUUUGCGCUCUACUGGGCACUGUCGGACCGUGUGGCCCGAAAACCUUUUGGAGGAACACCUCAGACGGCAGAAGGGUGUCCAAGUCCAGAAGCGGAAAUCCAUAUGCUUCAACCGGGUUGCGCCAUGCAUGCAAGGCCGUCAUCACUACUGUUCAGAAUUUCGGAAACAUGCCCGUGGAUAUUUGGAGAGCAAGCUGGAAGCCUUCCAGUCGCUUGAUCGCGACUUUUUCCUCACUGCUUCUGGGUCAUAUGCAGAUUACGAUACGGUAUUUGCUGCUCGCUUGGUGCAUUUUCUGCUAGAAGAGGCGAUUCGCCUUGGACAUCCACCACGUGUGCUCGACAUGGGGUGUGGCCGUGGAUCGUACGUUGAGGUUCUCCGUUCCUGGGGAAUUCCAGUGAUGGGAGUGGAUGGAAACGCCAUCGUUUUGCGCACCAUCCAGGAAAACGGAUUCCUUUGGGAUCUCACGGAGCCUCUUGACCUGAGGAAGGCUUUUGGACCGCAGGUCUCUUCUAGACAGGCUUGCGAAUUCGAGCUGGACGAGGGGGAUAGGCGUCAAGUUCGAGAGCUUCAGCAACAGCUCUCGGAGUUGUCGGGUUCAGAUCUUCGGCUUGGUAUCCUGAGCAUCAUCCCAUAUCUACUGCAGACGGACUACUGGCCAUCGCAGCAUCCAGAAGGGCAUCCCGAGGUGCCGAUCGAAGAUUCGACGGCUGUGGAGUAUCUGAAAGCUCUGUGCUGUGCAGACCAGCGAUGCUUUGGCUUCUCUUUCACGGAUGAUGGAGGAGUGCUUCUCUUGUGGCGGGAAGUGGAAUCCGGAGAAUACGGGAAGGAAGACAUGAUCCAGGAGGGACUGCCUCUUUGGUACCAGGUGACAAAUUCCUACUUCAUUGGCUCCUGGGACGACAGGCGGAUGCUUGAGAUCGCUGGGCCCGGGACCUAUGCGGAAUUCCAGUUGCAGUACUCAUUGAUGCAGGUGCAGUUUAGCACAGCUGACUGGGUGAUAUCCUUGGGACUUGGGGUAGAGGUCCCGAGGAUGAGGGAGAAUGUGGUCCUCGAAAACAUAGUCAAGCAUGCAGAAGAAGGUGUCAUAGUCAGUUGGGGCACGAAGGGGCGCAAUCUGCGCAGCCGCAACGAGGUGCUGCAGCUGUUCCGAUCUCGUGGGUUCGUUCCGGAUGAUCGUCUGAAAGACACGUUGCAGCUUUUUUCUGGUCUUGCGCAUGCACCAGAACGAGAAGAUCUCCACGUUUUCCGCCGGGCGCGGGCAAAGUCAUCGUACCCAGAUGCGCCGCUUGAGUUGAUCGACGAGUGGGGUGGUUUAGAAUGUCAAGAAGCAGGUGCGCAGCUUCGAAACGGGAUGCAGGGACAUGAAAAGUCACAGUACGGUCCUCUUGGACAAGGUCGCAUGUGGGUAAGUGGCCACUGUGCUGGACUCUUUCGCGCAGGAGGCGGUCAAGCGACAGUGUGUGCUGGCGGGGGCAGCAAGAAGUGGCGCGAGUGUAUCCUGUCACAUGAAGUUCAGGGCCAGGGUGGCGCGCCAGGUCCCUCGGUUGAGAUGGACAGCAUCGAAGCCUCAGCUCUCUACGACAUGGCGGAUCACAUGGUUCCAAAACCUGGCGUGUGGCUUGGUGAUGCUCGGCUCAACCUGGUCUUCUUCAAGAUUGCAAGGGCCCUUGCAGCUCCCGGUCGGGUGAAAACACUGCAGACCGCCUGGAGAUGGUUUUGGACAUCCAAAUGGGAAGUCCUGCUUGCCCACCCCCCGGAAGAGCACAGGGUGUUCCAUCCGUGGUCGCAGCCGGUACAGCCAGGUGUACUGGGCUGGCAGCUAGGCCGCGUGGCUUUGGCCCUGCAUCAACUGUCGUGCCGCGUGCGGCGGCUUUCUCAGGCCAGGCCCUCCGGCCGGUCGUGGCAUCGUGCUCUGAUCCUCCAAAACAGCCUGGAGGCGUCGUUUAUGAAGACCGGUCCUCGGGACAUCAAUGCCGCCAUUCAGCCUAUCCGUAAGCUGCAAGCCGAGAUCGUGGCAGUUCUGGAUGGUGUCACCGUGGAAGAGGCACUCUCCGACAUGGUCUUUGGAGAUGAGAUCUUGCCGAGGUUGUGGCAGCUGUUCGCUGGCGAUGAAGUACCGGAAGGUUCCGGUGGCCUUGGGCUGAUUCCCAGAGAGGCUGGCUGUGCAGAUCCAGUGUUUGAGGAGGUGGUGAGAGUCGCUGCGCUUUGGGACAAGGACUCCAAUGUGGGCUGGUAUCUUUAUCGUCUGGCAGCUAUCGACCCGACCAUGUGA